CUCCUUCUCUCCACGCCACUCUAAACCCCCAUCAACGCAGAUCGCCAACCACACGUCGGAAUUGGAAAGCUGUCUCGACCCGAGCCAAACGCUUGACUCCAGCAGAUAAUCGUACGUUCUUCGUUCCGACGGCAAAUGAAUCCAGAAAAAGUUGGGGAUAGUCUAAUAGUACAUUAAGAACCUCUCUUAGACCUACUUAGCAGUUCACCAUAAAUACUACCUAGGAGGGGGGCAUUAUUUAUCUCCAUAGACUUCUCAGGAGCAUGAAACGGACUUUAUCACAGGCUCAGUUAGAAAGGAACAACAUGGCCCCCGGCGCUGACGAUGAGGGCUUUAUAGCCGUUAAUAAUUCAUCCGCAACCGAGCAAUCAACCAAUGUCACGGUCGUGGGAGCUGGGCCGUCAGGCUUGAUGCUAGCAAAUAAUCUCGCUCGAUAUGGAGUCAAGACUACAAUUCUGGAUGAUCGACCUGAUCGAACAUCGACUGGUAAGGCAGAUGGCAUGCAACCUAAGACCAUCGAGACCUUUCGACAGCUGAGAAUGGUGGAACCCCUUCUCAAGCAGAGCUGUAAGGUCUAUGAUAUUUGCUUUUGGGAAAAUACACCAACAACUCCACUGAGGAGGACGGGAAGAAAAAUCCACUAUCCCGAUCACGUCGGGGCAUCAGAUCCCUAUAUCCUCCUAGCUCACCAGGGCAUUCUGGAAGAUGUACUCAUUAAAGACAUGGAACAGCGCGGCCUAGAGGUGACAAGAAACAGUCCCUUUGUCGACUGUUCCAGGGACGCUGAGGGCUCGAAACUGGACAUUGUCUAUGAAGACCUCAAUGACAGAACAAAGAAGAUCAUCAAGUCAGACUUUCUUGUAGGCUGCGAUGGCGCCAGAUCGAAAGUGAGACCAGUCAUUCCUGGUGCUAAGCUCGAGGGAGAAAUGACCAACGCUUCAUGGGGUGUUCUGGACGGUGUCAUUGAAACUGAUUUCCCGGAUCUAUGGAGCAAGACGGCAGUCCGAUCACACGAUGGCUUCUCUAUCCUCUUUAUUCCUCGUGAACGUAACUUGACCCGUCUUUAUGUAGAGCUCAGCGCUACGGAUGGUGAGCGAAUUGACAAGUCACUUGCAACUCCAGAGUAUGUCAUGAAUAAGGCCAGAGAGAUCAUGGCCCCAUUCAAGAUGGAAUGGAAGAGUAUUGAGUGGUUUGGAAACUAUGUCGUCAGCCAGCGUGUUGCGAACCAUUUUUCCGAUCCUGAGCUGCAAAUGUUCAUCGCUGGAGAUGCUGGUCACACUCACUCCGCUCUCGCCGCCCAAGGUGCCAACACCAGUAUGCACGACAGUUUCAACCUAGCUUGGAAAUUGAACCUUGUCAUCCGAGACGUAGCCGAGAGAUCUCUACUCACAACAUACGAGCACGAGAGACGCAAGAUCGCUCAAGACCUCAUAAACUUCGACGCAGAGCACGUCAAGGCCUUCGCCGACAGCGACGAAGCCCUAGCACGCAAUUUCGACGAGAACAUCCGAUUCAUCUCCGGCGUAGGCGCUGAAUAUUCCAACAACGUUCUGAACCUCUUCUCCCCGGGCCAAACGUUCAAUGGAUCUCUGAAACCCGGCGCUUUGGUCAGUCCGCCAACGCGAGUGAGUCGAUACGUGGACGCGAACCCGGUGGAUUUCCAACUGGAUAUUCCCAUGUUAGGCCAGUUCCGGAUCUACAUCUUCGCUCCGGACGUGCAUGCCUCAAAGACUUUCAUUUCCUCUAUCUGCGCAUCCCUCUCUUCUCCUACCUCCAUCCUCUCUCGCGCCAGUGCCCGAGCAGAGAAAUCGUAUGCUGCCCAACCGCCCAUUGCCUCUCCCGAGGACGCAUUCGUUGUUCCAGAACGCUACACGGCAGUCUCUAAACUCUUCACAUAUGCGCUCGUCACGCAGACCCCGAAACAACAAGUCGAGAUCGCAGAUCUUCCUCCCCUGCUACAGGCUAGCCAGUGGACAUUCUACACUGAUGACUUGACAUCUCCCAGUUGCACAGAGACAUACCUUGGUGCAUUGGGCACCGAUCAAGUGGCUAUUGUGAACGUCCGUCCGGACGGAUAUGUGGGCAGUUUGAAUGUCUGGGAUAAUUCUGUUACAGGAGCAGGCGAAGAGGCGGCUAAGUGGGUGCAGGGUUAUUAUGAGGGAUUCUUGAAGCGUUGAAUGAACGGUUGUUAGGUAUAUUAUCAUCUUUGGAAGCAUAUGUAUUUAUUUUUUUGGCUUUUCUUUGAGAGUGAGGUCUGUAGAUGCUUCAGUCAACUUCUUGUCCUGGAUAUGUGUCUCAGUAACACCUAUAUAUACAGGCACUGGUUGUAAGUGUACAGGAAUAAUCUCUAAAAGAUAGGUCUACGACAAUAGGACUACAUUGAAAGAG